AUGAAAUAUCAUACUUUUGUACAUGUAUUAAUUAAUUCCUCUUUCUUUCUUUCUUUCUUUCUUUCUUUCGUCUUUUCUUUAUUUCUUUCUUUCUUCUCAUUUCUAUCUUUAGUCUUUCACCCUAAAUCAGUCAGCAUACUUUUUCUUUUUUUGACCCUCCUUCUUUUCUUUUCUUUCUUUCUUUUCUUUUUUCUUUCGUUCUUUCUUUUCCCUAAAUCAUUUCUGUUUUGUGACCCUUUCUUUCUCUUUCUUUCCCUAAAUCAGUCAGUAUUUUCUUUUUGUGACCCUAAUUUUUCUUUUUCUUUCCCUAAAUCAGUCUUACUUUUGUGUUUUGUGACCCUUUCUUUCUUUUCUUUUUUUCUUUCUUUCUUUCUUUUUCCUUUCUUUCCCCGAAAUCAGUCAGUAUUCUUUUCUAUUUUUUUCUUUCCCUUUCUUUCUUUCUUUCUUUCCCUAAAUUCAGUUUUUUCUACUUUUCACCCUUUUGUGACCCUAAUUCUUUCUUUCUUUCUUUUUUCUUUCCCCCCUAAAUCAGUCAGUAUUCUUUUCUGCUCUGUGACCCUAAUUCUUUCUUUCUUUCUUUCUUUCUUUCUUUCUUUCUUUCCCCUAAAUCAGUCAGUAUUCUUUUCUACUUUUCAGUAUUCUUUUCUACUUUGUGACCCUAAUUCUUUCUUUCUUUCUUUCUUUUUUUCUUUCUUUCUUUUUUUCCCCCUAAAUCAGUCAGUAUUCUUUUCUGCUCUUAUUCUUUUCUACUUUGUGACCCUAAUUCUUUCUUUCUUUCUUUCUUUCUUUCUUUCUUUCUUUCUUUCUUUCCCCAAAUCAGUUUUCUUUUCUUUUUGUGACCCUUUCUUUUUUUUCUUUCCCUUCAGUCAUCAGUAUUCUUUUCUGCUCUGUGACCCUAAUUCUUUCUUUCUUUUUUUUCUUCUUUCUUUCUUUCUUUCUUUCUUUCUUUCCCUUUCUUUCUUUCUUUCCCUAAAUCAGUCAGUAUUCUUUUCUACUUUGGACCUAAUUCUUUCUAUUUUUUCUUUCUUUCUUUUUCUUUUCUGCUUUGUGACCCUAAUUCCCUUUCUUUCUUUCUUUCUUUCCCCUAAAUCAGUCAGUAUACUUUUCUAUUUUGUGACCCUAAUUCUUUCUUUCUUUCUUUUUUUCUUUCUUUCUUUUUUUCCCCUAAAUCAGUCAGUAUUCUUUUCUGUUUUUCAGUAUUCUUUUCUGCUUUUAGACCCUAAUUCUUUCUUUCUUUCUUUUCUUUUUUCUUUCUUUUUUUUUUCCCCCAAUUCUUUCUUUUCUGCUUUAAUUCUUUUCUUUCUUUCUUUCUUUCUUUCUUUCUUUCUUUCCCCUAAAUAUUUCACAUUACAUUAUAAUUCUUUAAUUCUUCCCUCAAUCAAUUUCUUUUCUACACCCUAA